CUAACCCCCGCUCCCUCCUUAUCAGCAAUUCAGAUUGCAUGCAAAUCUGCGCGCUUUCUUCCAGGGCCGCGGCGGCGAGCGCCGAGCGCUCCUCCAGAUCUCCUCCUCCUCCUCCUCCUCCUCCUGGGAUUUUCCUCCUUCUCCCCUCCCCUCGCUCCCUCCCUCCCUCCUCUCUUUCUUUCCUCCUUUUUCACCUCCUGGAACAAAAGUGGCCCUUUGGGCUGCGCCGGCGCUGCCUUGCGAGCGCGGCCGCUUUGUCUGCCGGGGUCAGCGGCACCGCCACCGCCACCGCCAUGGGGACACGGCGGGCGCUGGCAGCGCUGGCACUGCUGGCGCUGGCGCUGGCCAGCUGCCCCGAGCGGGAGCUGCAGCGCCGGGAGGAGGAGGCCAACGUGGUGCUGACGGGCACGGUGGAGGAGAUCAUGAACGUGGACCCGGUGCACCACACCUACUCGUGCAAGGUGCGGGUCUGGCGCUACCUGAAGGGCAAGGACAUCGUCACCCACGAGAUCCUGCUGGACGGGGGCAACAAGGUGGUCAUCGGGGGCUUCGGGGACCCGCUGAUCUGUGACAACCAGGUGGCCACGGGGGACACGCGCAUCUUCUUCGUCAACCCCGCGCCGCAGGCGCUGUGGCCGGCGCACCGCAACGAGCUCAUGCUCAACUCCAGCCUGAUGCGCAUCACGCUGCGCAGCCUGGAGGAGGUGGAGCACUGCGUGGAAGAACAUAGGAAGCUUCUGGCCGACAAACCCAACAGUUACUUCACACAGACGCCGCCGCCGCCGCGGGAUGGGUGCCGGGGCAUGCUCUGUGGCUUCGGGGCCGUGUGCGAGCGCAGCCCCUCGGAGCCGGGCCAGGCCUCGUGCGUGUGCAGGAAGGGUCCCUGUGCCCCCGUGGUGGCCCCGGUGUGCGGCUCCGACCACUCCACCUACAGCAACGAGUGCGAGCUGGACCGGGCGCAGUGCAACCAGCAGAGGAGGAUCAAGGUGGUCAGCAAGGGACCCUGCGGCUCCAAGGACCCCUGCGCGGAGGUGACCUGCAGCUUUGGCAGCACGUGUGUCCCCUCCCCUGACGGCCAGGUGGCCAAGUGCGUGUGUCCCUCGUCGUGCAGCGGCGUCCCCGAGAGCCCCGUGUGCGGCAGCGACGGCCGCGACUACCGCAGCCAGUGCCACCUCAACAAGCACGCCUGCGACAAGCAGGAGAACGUCUUCAAGAAGUUCGACGGCCCCUGCGACCCGUGCCAGGCCGUGCCGAGCGAGCCGGGCCGCGUGUGCCGGGUGAACCCGCGGACGCGGCGGGCGGAGCUGCUGCCCCGGCCCGAGGGCUGUCCCCCGGGCAGGGACCCGGCCUGCGGCGACGACGGCGUCACCUACGACAGCGAGUGCGCCAUGGCGCGCGCCGGCGCCAUCCGGGGCAUGGACAUCCAGAAGGUGCGCUCGGGGCAGUGCCAGCCGCAGGACAAGUGCCAGGAGGAGUGCAGGUUCAACGCGGUGUGCCUGAACCGGCGCGGGGCCGCGCGCUGCUCCUGCGAGCGCAUCGCCUGCGACGGCGCCUUCCGGCCCCUGUGCGGCCGCGACGGCCGCACCUACGGCAGCGAGUGCCAGCGGCGCCGCGCCGAGUGCCUGCAGCAGCAGCACAUCCCCGCCCGCCACAGCGGGCCCUGCGACCUGGGCGCGCCCAGCCCCUGCCUGAGCGUGGAGUGCUCCUUCGGGGCCACGUGCGUGGUGAAGAACCAGCAGGCCGUGUGCGAGUGCCAGCAGCAGUGCCAGGGCCGCUACGACCCCGUGUGCGGCACCGACCAGCGCACCUACGGCAACCCCUGCGAGCUGCACGCCAUGGCCUGCCUGCUGCAGAGGGACAUCGGCCUGCGCCACAAGGGGCCCUGCGAGCGCUGUGGGAAGUGCCAGUUCGGUGCCAUCUGCGAGGCGGAGAGCGGGCGCUGCGUGUGCCCCACCGAGUGCGUGCCCUCGGCGCAGCCCGUCUGCGGCACCGACGGCAACACCUACGGCAGCGAGUGCGAGCUGCACGUCCGAGCCUGCACCCAGCAGAAGAACAUCCUGGUGGCUGCCCAGGGCCCCUGCAGGUCGUGUGGCAGCUCCGUGUGCUCCUUUGGUAGCCGCUGUGUGGGUGGGCAGUGCCUGUGCCCGCGCUGCGAGCGCCAGCCCCCGGCCCCCGUCUGCGGCACCGACGGCGUCACCUACGACAGCCCCUGCCAGCUGCAGGUGGCCUCGUGCCAGCUGCAGAAGAGCAUCGAGGUGGCCAGGAUGGGACCCUGUGAGGACGAGUGUGGCUCGGGGGGCUCUGGCUCGGGGGACGGCAGCGAGUGCGAGCAGGAGCGGUGCCGGCAGUUCGGGGGCUGGUGGGACGAGGACGCCGAGGACGAGCCCUGCGUGUGCGACUUCACCUGCGCGGCCGUGCCCCGCGGCCCGGUGUGCGGCUCUGACGGCGUCACCUACGGCAGCGAGUGCGAGCUGAAGAAGACGCGGUGUGAGAAACGCCAGGAGCUCUUUGUCACCGGCCAGGGAGCCUGCAGGGGCCUGGCCACCACCCCGCCGCCGCUGCUGGUGGUGCACUGCAGCCAGACCGUGUACGGCUGCUGCCCCGACAACGUCACCCUGGCGCUGGGCGUGGGAGCAGCCGGCUGUCCCAGCACGUGCCAGUGCAACCCGUACGGCUCCUACGGUGGCUCCUGUGACCCGGGCACGGGCCAGUGCUCCUGCAAGCCCGGCGUGGGCGGCCUCAAGUGCGACCGCUGCGAGCCCGGCUUCUGGAACUUCCGCGGCAUCGUCACCGACGGCCGGAGCGGCUGCACGCCGUGUCACUGUGACCCCGUGGGCUCGGUGCGGGAUGACUGCGAGCAGAUGUCGGGGCUGUGCUCCUGCAGGACGGGCAUCACGGGCAUGAAGUGCACCCAGUGCCCCGACGGCAGCACGCUGGGCACCGCGGGCUGCCACAAGGACCCCUCAGCCCCCAGGUCCUGCGAGGAGCUGAGCUGUGACUUCGGGGCCUCGUGCGUGGAGCUGAACGGCUUCGCCCACUGCGAGUGCCCGUCCCCGCUGUGCCCCGAGGCCAACACCACCAAGGUGUGUGGCUCUGAUGGUGUCACCUACGGGGACCAGUGCCAGCUGCGGACCAUCGCCUGCAGGCAGGGCCAGCACAUCACAGUCAAGCACGUGGGGCAGUGCCAUGGUGAGUGUCCCCGGGCAUACCACACUGAGUGUCCCCAGGACAGUGCCAUGCUCAGUGUCCCCAGGGCAGUGCCAUUGAGUGUCCCCUGGGCAGUGCCAUGCCCAGUGUCCCUGGGGCAGUGCCAUUGAGUGUCCCCUGGGCAGGCGCCGCCCACCGAGCGAGGCCACCCCGCCACCAGGCGUGUGACAACAGCCAGGCCGGCCACCACGGCCUGGGCCACCCCCGGCGUGCCCAGGGCCACCGUCCGCCCGCUGGUCACCGUGCCCGUGGUGGCGGGCACCAGCCAGCCGGGCUACGGCGAGUCCGGCAGCGCCGAGGGCAGUGGGGACCAGGACAUGGGCACCAGCGGGGACCAGGAGUCCAGCGGGGCGGGAUCUGCCGGCGAGGAGGAGCUGGCCGAGGCCCAGGUGACAUCCACGCCUGCCAUCGAGAGGGCCACGUGCUACAACAGCGCCCUGGGCUGCUGCGCCGACGGCAAAACCGCCAUGGCCGACAGCGAGGGCAGCAACUGCCCCGCCACCAAGGUGUUCCAAGGAGUGCUGAUCCUGGAGGAGGUGGAGGGCCAGGAGCUGUUCUACACCCCGGAGAUGGCCGACCCCAAAUCCGAGCUCUUCGGGGAGACGGCGCGGAGCAUCGAGAGCGCGCUGGACGAGCUGUUCCGAGGUUCUGAUGUCAGGAAGGAUUUCAGGAGCAUCCGCGUGCGGGACCUGGGCCAGAGCAGCGCCGUCAGGGUCAUCGUGGAGGCCCACUUUGACCCAGCCACGUCCUGCACGGCUGCUGAUGUCCAGGGGGCUCUGCUGAAGCAGCUCCGAGCUGCCAAGAGAAAAACCAUCCUGGUGAAGCAGCCCCAGCAGGAGCACAUCAAAUUCAUGGAUUUUGACUGGAUCCCCCGGCUCUUCACCACCACCGUCACCACCACCACGGCCACCACCAUGGCACCGGGCACCACCCGCAGGGUGCCCGCGCCCACCGCGGCCCCGGGGCAGCAGGGCGAGCCCGGGGGCAGCCCCGGCCCCGUGCUGGGCACCCUCAGGAGCCCUGGCAGCACCCCCAGGAGCCCUGGCAGCACCCCCAGGAGCCCUGGCAGCACCAGGAGCCCUGGCAGCACCAGGAGCCCUGGCAGCAGCAGCAGCAGCAGGAGGAAGCCCACCCCGCUGCCCCCUGGCACCGCGCCCGCCCCGCGGCCCUGCCAGUCCCAGCCCUGCCUGCACGGUGGCACCUGCCAGGACGACGGGCACAACUUCAGCUGCAGCUGCCCCGCGGGCAGAGGAGGGGCUGUGUGUGAGAAAUCCCCAGCCUCCAGCCCGUGGGAGGCGGCGUUCGGGGGCCGCUCGGUGCUGGCGCUGCGCACGCUGCGCGCGUACCACACGCUGCGCAUCGCGCUGGAGUUCCGCGCGCUGGAGCCCAGCGGGCUGCUGCUCUACAACGCGCAGCGCCACGGCAAGGACUUCAUCUCGCUGGCGCUGCGGGCCGGCUUCGCGCAGCUCAGGUUUGACACGGGCUCUGGCACGGGCACCGUCACCAGCCGCGUGCGGGUGGCGCCGGGGCGCUGGCACCGGCUGCUGGUGACGCGGAACCGGCGCACGGGCACGCUGGCCGUGGACGGGGAGCCCCCCGUGAGCGGGCACAGCCCCCCGGGCACCGACGGGCUCAACCUGGACACCGAGCUCUUCAUCGGGGGCGUGCCCGACGAGCACGCCGCACUGGCGGCCGAGCGCACGGGUGCCAGCGGCGGCCUGCGGGGCUGCGUGCGGGCGCUGGCCAUCAACAACCGCGGGCACGAGCUGCGCCAGGGCGCCGGCGACGUGCUGUACGCCAGCGGCGUGGGCGAGUGCGGCACCGAGCCGUGCCAGCCCAGCCCCUGCCACCACGGGGGCACCUGCCACGCCCAGGACCUCGGCAUGUUCCAGUGCCAGUGCCCCGAGGCCUACACGGGCCCCACGUGUGCCUUGGAGAGGAACCCGUGCGAGCCGUCGCCGUGCCACCCCUCUGCCACGUGCCUGGUGCUGCCCGCCGGGGGGGCGCUGUGCGCGUGCCCCGUGGGCCGCGAGGGGACCCUGUGCGAGCGAGUGACAGAGCAGGACCAGUCCGUGCCCUUCCUGCCCGAGUUCAACGGCUUCUCCUACCUGGAGCUCAACGGGCUGCAGAGCUUCGUGCCCGACCUGCAGGACAAGCUGUCCAUGGAGGUGGUGUUCCUGGCCCGGCAGCCCAGCGGGAUGAUCUUCUACAACGGGCAGAGGAGCGACGGCAGAGGGGACUUCGUGUCGCUGGCACUGCACCGCGGGCACCUGGAGUUCCGCUACGACCUGGGCAAGGGGCCCGCCCUGCUCAGGAGCAGGGAGCCGGUGCCCCUGGACACGUGGGUCAGUGUCCUGCUGGAGCGGAGCGGCCGCAAGGGCGUCCUGAGGGUCAACAACGGCCCCGGGGUGACCGGGGAGUCCCCGAAAUCCCGUAAGGUGCCCCACAUGGUGCUGAACCUCAAGGAGCCCUUCUACGUGGGGGGAGCCCCCGACUUCUCCAAGCUGGCUCGAGCAGCUGCCAUCUCCAGCGGCUUCCACGGAGCUGUGCAGAGGAUCUCCCUGGAGGGCGUGCCCGUGCUGAAGGAGCAGAACAUCCGCAGUGCCAGGGAGGUGUCCCCGUUCCGGGGGCACCCCUGCACCCAGAAGCCCAACCCGUGCCAGCACGGGGGCUCCUGCAGCCCCAGCCUGGGGGGCUACCACUGCUCCUGCCACAGGGGCUUCUCGGGGGAGCACUGCGAGAAGGUGAUCAUCGAGAAGGCGGCGGGGGACGCCGAGGCCGUGGCCUUCGAUGGCCACACGUACCUGGAGUACCACAACGCUGUCACCAAGAGCGAGAAGGCGCUGCAGUCCAACCACUUUGAGCUGAGCAUCAAGACGGAGGCGACGCAGGGGCUGCUGCUGUGGAGCGGGAAGGGGCUGGACAGGGCCGAUUACAUCGCGCUCGCCAUCGUGGACGGCUUCGUGCAGCUCAGCUACGACCUGGGCUCCAAGGCCGUCACGCUGCGCUCCAGCGUGCCCGUCAACACCAACCAGUGGGUGCACAUCCGCGCCUCCCGGGUGCAGAGGGAGGGCUCCCUGCAGGUGGGGAACGAGGCCCCCAUCGCCGGCUCCUCUCCUCUCGGGGCCACCCAGCUGGACACGGACGGGGCGCUGUGGCUGGGGGGUCUGGACAAGCUGAGCGUGCCCCAGCGCCUGCCCAAGGCCUUCAGCACGGGUUUCGUGGGCUGCAUGCGGGACGUGCUCGUGGACCGGCGGGAGCUGCACCUGCUGGAGGACGCCCUGAACCAGCCCCGGAUAUUGCACUGCUCGGCCAAAUAGAGCCCGGGACUCCCUCCCUGCCCCCUCCUCCCUCCCUCCUGCCUAUUGCUGUAAUUAUUUUCUAUUUUUGUAAACUUAUUGCUUUUUAUAUUUUUGGGGGGACAGGGAGGGCAGGAAACCCUUUUUGCUUUCGGGCUCUCGGGGCGGCGAGGCUCGGCCCGAGCAGCGGAACAAAGCUCGACCAGGCCCCGGGAAGAACCAGAACUCUCCCACUGCAGCGUCGAUCUUCUUCAUACUUGAAGCUUCUUUGUUUUUGGGGUUGUUUCCCCCCUUUUUUUUCCUGUUUUUUGGGGGGUUUGUUCCCAAAAACAACCCUGUUUUCCUGUGGGGGAAGUGCUGCUGGUGCUGGCGAGGCCUUGGCGGAUUCACGGGGUGGGAAUUCCCGCCCUGCUCCAGGCUCUGGCUCUUCCAAACCUUCUCCUGGCCCCGUGUUCACCUGACUCCUGCUGCCCCCUGUUCCUCUCACUGUAAUUUAUGUGUGUAAGGAUCUCAAGUGCUUUUCUCCUCCGAGCUCUGCUCGAAUCAGGGAUGCCACGCACUGGAAGGGAGAGCGCCGGGCCCGCGCUUCGCUCCGCGCCCGCCUCGGGACUCUUUGCUGGACUCAGAGGUGCUGGGGAGGCAAAAAUGUGGAUUUUUCCAGCGGUUCUCCUCCUCCUCUUCCUCUUGGACACGUGCAGGAGCAGCUGUGAAACCUCAUUCCCACAUUUCGUGUUCAUCCAGACGUGUCCUGACCCUCCCCAGCCAGCGAGCCUUGGCCUCCCUCAUGCUGGGGAUCACUUGGAGCUCCUCUCCAAGAGCUGGGAAUUGUCUCCCUCUUCCAAAAGGACCAGGAGAUUCCCUUUUCCCUCCUCGGAGAUCUCCUGGAUGUGUCCUUCCACGCCCCACAGCGUUCUCCAGCCUCUGCCUCCCAGCCUGGCAAGGCAGAGCUGCCACUGGAGCCUCUCCCACCAAGAGAAUUUGGGAUUUUUCACCUUGGACUUGGAGUUUUUGGGUCUUCCACAUCCUCUGGGUGCUUCCAGCCCAGCAGGAGCAGGAGAGAGGCUGGGGAGUGUUUGGGGCAAUUUGAAGCAUUUUCUUCCAGGAAAGAAAAAUUUUGGGGCCAGUUCUGAUGUUUCUGGGGUUUGGCUGCAGCUCGGGGUCUCCUGGAUGUGGAGAAGAGCAGAAGGAUCCCAGCUCUGGAAGAAAUCCCAUCUUCCAUUGGGAUUCCUUCUCCAUGGAAGGAUUUCCUGCUGCUUUGUGGCCUCUGUGUCCCUUUCCCACCCUCAGCCUGAAUUUCUGUGUGGAAAAACAACUUUAGGGAAUUCAUCUGUGGGAUCCCACUGGGUUCUGGGUGGGAGUUCCUGCCCAAGGUGCCAAAAUUUGGCUUUUUUCCCCUAAAUUUCGACCCCACCUUGCAGGGCACCCUUUGAAAUGGGGGUUUUGGCACCAACUUUUGAGCCAGGAAAGGUCAAAUUUCUUCUCUCAGGGUGAGCUCUGAACAAAGGUGGAACCAAGAGGGAAAACCAAUGGAAAAACCACUUGGAUCUGCUUUGAUUUCAUUUAUUUGAUUUAAAAAAAAAAAAAUAUUCCCAACCUGUGACAUUCCUGUGGAAAAUGCAGGGUUAAACAUUCCACGGGGGGCUGUGCCCUGUGUGGGAUGAGGGCUCUGCUGUGCCUGGGGCCUCCGUGGGUGCCAAAAUUCCCAUUUUUUGGGUCAGUGUUGGGAUUCCUGGUGGGAAGUGCUGGGGUGGGGUGGGAGGGAGGGGUCUGGGAAUCCCCCAGUCCAUAUUUUGGGAAUGGCAUUCCCAGCUGGGCUGCUGUUCCAGCUCCAGAGGGAUGGGGAAGCUGCUGAUUUUCAGGAACGAAAAAACAACAAAAAAACCCCCAAGAAUUGAACAAAAAUAAACCUAAAAACUCAUUCUGCUUUGGCUGGGGCUUGGAAAUGCCUUAAACCAGGAUUUGUGUCCUCGUGGGGGAGCAUUUGGAAUUUCCAGCAGCGCAUUCACCUGGGCUUUAUUUUUAACAACAUUUCUACCACAGAACGUGCAAAAAAAAUCAAAAAAACAACAAAAAAAAAGACAUUGAGGUUGGGUGUUUUUUCUGGAUUUUUUUUUUGCUUUUUUUUUUUAAUUUCAAGCCCUGAGGUGUCCGUGGAGAGGGUGAAUUCCUGCCUCUGGGAGCUGCUGGCUGGGCUGUGGCGGGCGAUGCGCAGUAGAGGAGCAGCAUGAUGUAACCAUUACUAACUCGUGUCUUUCGUCAAAUCACCCAGAAAUAAAGUUUGGAAACGAUUCAA